ACCAUGAUUGAUCCCAGUUCCAGCGAAGAUGAGGGUGAUGAUGAUUCCACUGUCCCAAUCCAGCCACCGGCCAAGGGUCGUCUGGCCGCCGGUACUCUACCCACCAAACCGAAAGUUAUCACAGCAGCAGCACCAGCUGCCGACACCAGCAAACCUGUCGUGGGUGCGGCCAGACAAAACGGUGACAUACCCCACAAGGCCUCCGAUAGUCUCGACAAAUCGCCGGGACCUGCAUCGCUCGCAGCAACUAGUGUGGCUAGCAAAAAUGAGCUAACUGCCAAUGAUUCUUCCGGUGCUGUUGGUGGCGGAGCCAGCGGUGGUGUAGGUGGUGGUGCUGCCGGCAGCAUCUCCCAGGAAACUCUCAAUCAAAGUGCCGGGUCGUCGUCGCGCGGCAACUCUCUGCCGCGUCCCAUAUCACCGUCCCCAUCAGUGGCCAGUGACAAAUAUGAAUCGGGCGGUCAGCAAAAGCCAGGUAUUGAGGAAGAGGAGCGCAAGAAACGCAUACAGCUGUAUGUAUUCGUUUCGCGUUGCAUAGCAUAUCCAUUUAAUGCUAAACAACCCACAGACAUGACAAAGCGACAGCCCAAAGUGACGAAACAACAAUUGGACUCGAUUACGCAACGAUUUCAGGCAUUCCUCAAGGGCGAAACCCAAAUCAUGGCCGACGAGGCCUUCCGCAAUGCAGUACAAAGCUAUCACGACGUGUUCUUGAAAUCGGAUCGCGUCCUCAAGAUGGUGCAGCAGGGCUCGUGUUCGAUACAAGAUUUUACCGAAGUGUUUCGCAAGAAUAUCGAAAAGCGGGUACGGUCAUUGCCCGAAAUUGAUGGACUGAGCAAAGACACCGUUCUGACAUCGUGGAUGGCCAAAUUCGAUGUGAUCUUAAAGGGCACCGGGGAGGAGGAUUCCAAGAAACCGGCUCGGUUGCAACAGUCUCUCAAUUCCGAAUUAAUUCUUUCGAAGGAGCAACUGUACGACAUGUUCCAACAGAUUCUGAGCAUUCGCAAGUUCGAGCAUCAAAUUCUCUUCAAUGCCUUAAUGUUGGACUCGGCCGACGAACAGGCGGCCGCCAUACGGCGUGAGCUGGACGGCCGCAUGCAAAGGGUAAAUGAAAUGGAGAAGAAUCGCAAGCUGAUGCCAAAGUUUGUCCUCAAGGAGAUGGAGUCGCUCUACAUCGAGGAGUUGAAGUCCUCCAUCAAUCUGCUGAUGGCCAAUUUGGAAUCUCUGCCCGUUACCAAGGGUAACAUGGACAGUAAAUAUGGCUUGCAAAAGCUGAAGCGCUACAAUCAUAGCACGCCAUCAUUUUUGAAAAUGAUUUUGCGUUCUCACGGAUCUCUCUCCAAGCUGGAGGGAGACUCAGAGGAAGGCAUUACCCAGCUUUCAAAAUUGGAUGUCGUCUUGAGUUUCCAAUUGGAAGUGAUCGUAAUGGAGGUGAAGGGCCUGAAAUCGCUUGCGCCCAACCGCAUCGUUUACUGUACCAUGGAAGUGGAGAACGGCGAGAAAUUGCAAACGGACCAAGCCGAGGCCUCGAAGCCCAUGUGGGACACACAGGGCGACUUUACAACGACACAUCCCCUGCCCGUGGUCAAGGUGAAACUCUACACGGAGAACCCCGGUAUGCUAGCUUUAGAGGACAAAGAGCUGGGCAAGGUGACAAUAAAGCCCACGGCCUUGUCGUCGAAAACUCCUGAGUGGCAUCGAAUGGUGGUGCCGAAGAAUCUGCCCGACCAGGACUUGCGCAUCAAGAUAGCCUGUCGCCUCGAGAAGCCUCCGAACAUGAAACACUGCGGUCAUUUGUAUGCUAUUGGCAAAUCUGUAUGGAAGAAAUGGAAGAAACGGUAUUUUGUAUUAGUACAAGUCUCCCAGUACACCUUUGCCAUGUGCAGUUACAAAGAGAAGAAGUCGGAGCCGUCGGAGAUGAUGCAGCUGGACGGCUAUACGGUGGACUACAUCGAAGGAGCUAGCGCAAGCCUUAUGUUCGGCACCGAUCUGAACGGUGGCCGCUUUUUCUUUAACGCUGUGCGAGAGGGUGAUAGUAUUGCCUUUGCCUGUGAUGACGAAAACGAAUGUAGCCUCUGGGUAAUGGCAAUGUAUCGCGCCACUGGCCAAUCACACAAACCGACACCGCCAGUUACUCAGGACAAGAACUCGGCCAUAUCGAAAAUUCAGGGUGAUGCCGACAAGGCACGCAAACACGGCAUGGAGGACUACAUUAGCGCUGACCCAUGCUCGCUCGAUCACGCUGUCUUCUUCAAGCUGCUGCAGAAUCUCGCUUUAGAAUAUCGCCUUAAUGAUCAAUACGCUUCCUUAGGUUGGUUCAGCCCCGGCCAGGUGUUCGUGCUGGACGAGUACUGUGCCCGCUACGGGGUGCGGGGCUGUUAUCGUCAUUUGUGUUACCUCUCCGAUUUGUUGGAUCGCGCCGAAAAGGACUUCAUGAUCGAUCCCACGCUAAUCCAUUACUCAUUUGCCUUCUGCGCCAGUCACGUCCACGGCAAUCGGCCCGACGGUGUGGGCAGCAUAACACACGAAGAGAAAGAGAAAUUCACCGAAAUUAAGGAGCGGCUGCGCGUACUGCUCGAAUACCAAAUCACCAAUUUCCGUUUUUGUUUUCCAUUCGGCCGACCGGAGGGUGCCCUCAAGGCCACACUCUCCCUGCUGGAACGCGUUCUUAUGAAAGACAUCGUGACGCCGGUGCCCCCCGAAGAGGUGCGCCAAAUGAUCAAAAAGAGCUUAGAAUCUGCGGCCUUGGUUAAUUAUACACGCUUGUCAUCGGAAGCUAAAAUCGAAGAAGAUUUACGUGGCGAAGUGUCGGUACCGGCAGCGAAGAAGCUAGAGGAUCUAAUCCACUUGGCGGAAUUAUGCGUCGACUUGCAACAGCAGAACGAGGAACACUAUGCGGAGGCAUUUGCUUGGUUCAGUGAUCUGCUGGUUGAACAUGCUGAAAUAUUCUGGUCUCUCUUCGCUGUCGAUAUGGACCGCGUCCUAUCUGAGCAACCACCGGACACCUGGGAUUCUUUUCCGUUAUUCCAAAUUCUCAACGAUUACUUGCGGGCGGACGACAAUCUGCGCAACGGUCGCUUCCAUCAGCAUCUGCGCGACACCUUCGCUCCGCUGGUCGUACGUUACGUUGACCUGAUGGAGUCCUCGAUAGCUCAGUCCAUCAAUAAAGGCUUCGAAAAGGAACGCUGGGAGAGCAAAGGCAACGGCUGUGCCACCUCCGAAGAUCUCUUCUGGAAACUCGAUGCCUUACAAUCGUUCAUACGCGAUCUGCACUGGCCGGAGCCCGAGUUCCGACAGCAUCUGGAACAGCGCCUCAAAAUGAUGGCCGCCGAAAUGAUUGAACAGUGCAUCGCGCGCACUGACGCCUCCUUCCAAUCGUGGCUGAAGAAGAACAUUGUCUUCGUCUCGUCGACGGACUACAUCGUGCCGACGGAAAUGUGCGCCAUGGUAAAUGUGAUAUUAAACGCCAAGAAUCAAAGCUUCAAAUUGACCACCAUCGACGGAAUUGACUUGUACAAAUUUCACGCCAAGAUUGAUGAUCAGCUCGAUAAAGCGAAUGUAGCCAUGACACAAGGCCUCAGUAGCAAACUUAUGUCUGUGCUAGAGUCGACUUUGUCGAAAUUGGCACGCUACGACGAAGGUAGCCUAAUUGGGUCGAUAUUGAGCUUCACGAACGUCUCGAGUUCGGGCAAAGAUCUCGGCCAGAGCUACGUUAUAUUUUUCCGCAACAAUAUGGAGCAGAUCCGGGGCAAAAUUGGCGACGAUCUAUGGACAUUAAAUUUCUUCGAACAAUGGUACACGCAGCAAAUUAAUAUGCUUUGUAAUUGGCUUUCUGAGCGUUUGGAUCACUCAUUGCACUACGCUCAGGUGCAGGCGCUAUCGCAUAUCGUGAAAAAGAUCUAUUCGGAUUUCGAGUUACAGGGUAUGCUAGAGGAAAAGCUGAAUUCGAAAGCAUAUCAAACUGUUGCCCAGCGUAUGGCUACCGAAGAAGCGACUUGUGCUCUAACCAUGCCCGAUGUGGCCGAAGGUGAUGAGGGUGCUGUCGAGGAUGGUAGAGCCCUUGACGGCGCCGAAGGCGAGGACGGUGUCGUCGAGGAACCAGGGCCACGCGUUAGAAUGCCUCAGCCAAAAGACGUUACGGCUCAGGCGGCGGCUGUUACCAACGUGGUGGCCGGUCGCGUCGGUAAUCUCCUCGGUAAAGGCAUCGGCGGCUUAAGCUCAAAACUUGGUACUGGCGGUUGGUUUUAAAA